AUGGGGUGCUGUGGAAGCGCAUCUGCGCUACCUAUGGAGGCCCCAGCAGGGACUUUGCCGACGCUGCUGGUUCAAGUUGCCCGGAGCCAGGCUGAGGAGAAGUCAGACCAUAAGGCGUUGGGACGUGCAGAGUUGUCGCCCUACUUUGCAGGCAGCUACCUCCGAGGAGAGUUGUUCCAGGGGGAGCAGUACGUCAAUGACCUGGUCGGUGGGUUGCGCACCUUCAGGUUUGAUGCUGAAGACGGCCCUGUCCAUGUGUGGCAGCAUGCUUUUGACCUCCGACUCCAAGGCUUUCCUGGAGAUGUCGGAGAGAUCGUAGUGCUGUACCAUUAUACGAAUGCCUUGGGCUUUCAGAAUGCUGCAAAUCUGGAGCAGACGACAUCAGAGCUGUUCGCAUCGCUCACGGACAGUCGCGCACACUUCGGCAAAGGCGUGUACACUUCGCAGCAUGAACCUUCUGUCUGGAAGCUGCGCACUCGAAUUCUGCUCAACAACUACAGCAACGGGAAUCCUUUUCAAGAUGUCGAAGACGAAGAAGCCCAGCGUGUCUGUGGCGAGUGGGGAGACCAGAACCCUUCCGGCCACCGUGGGUCAUUCUGCAUCCCUCUACUGGUCCCCAAAGCCUUGGCAUUCAACAUCUUCGCUCGGCAAACACCCGACCUCGUGCAGAAGCGGGUGCAAGACAAGAAGACGGGCCAACAGCGGAAGGUCCGGCUGGGCGAAGAUUACAAAGGUAAGCCCGUGCACCGGAGCCGCGACGUCUGGGUCGUGCGCAUCACUGACGACGAUGGCAAGGUGCGCCACGCCACUGCCGAGGCAGACAGCAUGCUCCAGCUACUACAGCGGCGUCUUGCCCACCUGCGCGCGACGUCUGGGGAUGACAAACACGAGACCCUCGCCUGCAUGGGCGAGCUGGCAGGUUGGCUCCGAUCUCGGGGACAAGUGAGUGAAGCGGAAGAGCUCUUCAGAGAGGGCCUGCGCCGAUGUGGUGCGUCGUUGGGUGAGGUGGAUGCGAGCCUGAUCCGCCAGAAAACGUUCGACACGAUCGAUUUCAUGAACAAUCUGGCUCUGGUGCUGCAAGACAAGGGUAACUUUCAGGAGGCCGAGCAUCUCCUGCGCGAGGCUUUGAGCUCAUGCGUCGUCCUACUGGGUGAGGACGACCCCAAGACCCUGAUGUACAUGGACAACUUAGCAGAGAUGUUGGCAUUGCAGGGACGGCUGCGAGAGGCCGAGCCCCUCUGCCGUGAGGUCCUUAACAGACGUCGUGCCGUGCUGGGAGAGCAAGAUUUCCACACGCUACACAGCGCUGCUGGUCUUGCCGGCGUGCUGUACUCACAGGGACACUUGCAAGAUGCAGCGGCUCUUUACCGUGAGGUCCUGGAGGGGCGGCGCGCGGCGCUGGGUCCGCAGCACCCCGAGACGCUGACCAGCAUCAACAACCUGGCGUCAGCGCUGCAUGCACAGGGGCAUCUAGAGGAGGCGAAUCAACUCUUCCAGGAGGCCUUACAGGGAUGCCGUAGCAAGCUGGGGCCCGGCCACCACAAGACCAUGGCGACGGCUUCCAACAUGGCCCUACAGCUCCGGGCGCAGGGGGCGCCUAGAAGAAGCCGAGCUCCUUCUCCAGGAGGCCUUGGAGAACAACGAUUCCAUGCAAGGAGGUCCAGGCCGAUAUCCAGACAUGUUGGCCGCCAAGAGCAACUUGGCGACGCUGCUUCAAGAGCGGAACCGCCUGGAGGAAGCGGAGAAGCUGUUCCGCGAGGCUGUGGACGGAUGUCGUGCCCUUCUUGGGGAGCAUCACCAACACACGCUGACGGCACUGAUCGGCCACUCUGCGGUGCUGCAUGCUCAGGGACAGCUGCAGGAAGCCGAGCUCCGUUGGAACGAGGCCCUGGACCUCUGUCUGAGGACUCUCGGGGAUCAUCAUCCCACCAGUCUGAGACUGUUUUGCAACAGGGCCGCGGCGUUGAACUCCCAGGGCCGCGGGGCGGAGGCCGAGCAGCUCCUCCGGCGGGCUUUGGGCGCCGGGCGCGCCUUUCUUCCCGAGCAAGACCCCAACGUGCUCGAGACCCAAGCCAACCUGGGGGUGCUGUUGGCAAAUCAGGAGCGCUUGGAGGAGGCGGAGCCCUUCCUACGCCAGGCCAUGGAGGGCAGGCGCAGCAUUCUGGGGGAGCAAAAUCCUGA